CAUUUUACAUUAAAUAAGCCUAAUGACUCUCGAUGGCCAUCGAUAUCAAGCGUACGUGAUACGCAUUAGGCCGUUUCCUCGGCAACGAGAAAGCAAACUUGUCAUGGCGAGAACGAAUAGAAUGACUUACCGUAACUCGCGUCAAAAUCAAGGUACGCGUCCUCGCGUUGCUGCGUGAAUAAUUGAAAUUUACAAGUGAUUCUCACACGCGCAAACUCGAGCGGAGAAGUUUGUCAGCUAAAUUUAGCGACUGAGCACUCGGACGAAGAAAAAAAGAAAAAGAGAAGGAAAAUGCUCUCCUCGAAAGCGAACGCGGCGCUGGCGCGUCUGAAAGAAAUCGAGGAAAAAUACAAGAUGAAACGCAAGGAGCAGAAAUGGAAAGAGGACGUCGAGAGCUCGAUAAGCAGCGUCUCAAUAGCUCCUUCGAAGAAUCCAUCAGAAUCGAAGGAAUCGCCGAAGGGAGGCGCGAAGCCCAAGCUCGACGUGAGAAUGCCGGACGCUCGAUUCGAAGGACGCGCAGAGGAAACGAGACUUUCGUCGAGGAGCGAAAGAUCGUCGCCGGACAAAGCGAACGCGAAACCACCCGGAGAUCACGCUGUCGACCUUGAUGUCGCGAUGCCAUUAGGUGAUAAAUCGCCGCGUUCCGCGGAAAGGCAAGAAAGUCUUAUCUCGGACGCGAUGACGAUUCGGGAGAGCAGCUUGAUCGAAAGCGUGCUCGAUGACACGAUGACUCCGUCCAAGUCACUCUCGCGCUCGAAAACGUCGUGGCGAAAUUCCGCCACGGCCGCGGGCGAUCACAGAUCCUCCGGACGCGAUCAGGAGACCGAGAGAACGAGGACGGUCGCGAGCGCGAGGUCCGAGGGAGCUGCAGGAAAGGAGUCAUCCGGCAAAUCAUCCGAAAUCUCGAGGGGGAAAGCGCCGUCCGACAAUUUGUCGAGCGCAGGAUUGGUCACUACUCAAUCCUGGUCGAUCGCGAAGCGGCUGAGAUUGUCUGGAAACUCGAAGAACGAGGACUCCAGGGUGCGCUUCAACUUGAAAAAGCGUUCGGUCGAGAACAAAGCGAGUGCGGAAAUGCCAAAGGAAGUGAAAUCCAAAAUCCGACAUGCAGACUCGAACGAUUCGGGAUCGUCGCGCGACGUCGAUAGCGUUGUCGAGGAGUCGAUCAGCACGACGGAGAGCGGCAGCGAAAUUAUUUCGGAACUUUCCCGCGCCGAGGAAAGCCUCGCGACAAAAAUUAAAGACUACUUCGUCGGGUCUAAACGUCUAACCGACGAGAACGCUUCUGUAACAGUUUUAAGCGGUUCGAGAGGUCUGACGAUUGAAAGCGGAUAUGCAAACGAUACCUUCGAGGACAUUUCAAGCUCGACCAUUCGAUCGCAGCGCGAGGAAAUGAUUAAUGGAAGGAGAGAAGUGGUCGAUGAAACGGGAACUGAGAAAAACGGGGCGAAGAAAAUGGACGAAUACAGGUCUUAUCGGGAUAGUGUUGGGAAGCACAGGUAGUUCGACAUACGAUAUUAUUAUUAAUUAUUUGGCAAUUGUAUGUUUUUCUCAAGAAGUAUGCAUACAUAUAUUUUUUUAUCGUGAUCGUAUGUAUAUCAAUGAAUUUUAUAUUUCGAUAAUAAAGACAAUAAAUAAGAACAAUUAA